CAGGCAAAUCUGGCCCGAAGACACAGAACACGCCUUCCAGGGCGGGUGGCGACCGGUUUAUUCCCAACCGCAGCACAAUGCAGAUGGACGUUGCCAGCUUCCUCCUCAGCAAAGAAAACGAGCCUGUGGAUAAUUCACCUUCCAAAAAGGUUUGUUGUGAUGUAUAUGGGGGUGGUUUUUUUGUUUCUCAUUUCCUUCUUUAAAAGAACACUAUAGGGUCAUGAACGAACAAACAUGCAUUCCUGACCCUAUAGUGUUAAAAACACAAUCUGGCCCUCUCUCUGCCUCCAUAAAAAUAGGGGCUCUGCCCCUGAUCUGCCUGCUUGGCUGACAUAAUCAGAAGUGGUGAUCUCAACCAAUCACAAUCCCAUAGGAAAGCACUGGAUUGGCUGAGCAUGUGCUGGCUCUGCCCCUGGGGGCAGGCAACGGGGCAAGUGCAGCUCCCAUAGGGGAACUGCCUCAUCAGGGGCCCAGUCGGGUGCUGCAGCCUUUAGGCAGUGUUCACCAUCACUGCUCUAGGCUGCAAUGUAAACACUUUUUUCCCAGGGGAAAAAAUGUGUUUACAUUGAAAGGAAUGAUUCUAUUUACCAGAACAAAUCCAAUAAGCUGUAGUUGUUCUGGUGACUAUAGUGCCCAUUUUAAACAUUGGAUGACUUUUCUGGACAACUACCUUUUUGAGAGCCUGUAUUUCCGAUACUGUGAAUACUAUACUUGAACAAACUACCACCUCUGGCUGACUGAACACCCGCUGACAGCCCCUGCAGCUAGGUGGAGAAAGGGCAUGAUGCAUGGCACGGCCUGUAAAAUAAGUUCCUCUAUUUGUGAUCAGUGAAUAAAACUCUAAUUGUUAACCUGAUCAGAAUGCAGAACCCCUGAGCAACAGAGACCCAUUCCUUGACUGGAGUACUUCCCAUGUUCCAACUGUCUCUUAAAGGGAUAAUUCAGACAGGAGUUUAUUCACCAAAUCUCAAAUACCAUCAACCGAGAGUACGUGACUUGCCCUUGUUAAAUGGGAAUCUAUCGACUAGCUCCCAUGUGAAUUCUAUCAGGUUUGACUUAAAUACUCUGAAUUAGUUGAACAAGACUGCAGGCACUUACCUAAAUCACUGGGAAGGGUUUGUUAGAAUUGUAGGUUUCAUUGGGUAUGGUCGUGUGGGUUUUUUUUUGUUUCCUUUUAUUUGGGGGGACCCAAGAAGCGCAAAGGGAGACAGGAACAUUUUAUAUAAAAAAACUUUAUUCUAAAUAAUAUACAUAAACGAGUGUGUACAUACCCCUAUAGAAGCAUGUCGCUAGAAAUGUCUCUAAAAGUAAACCUCAAUCUUGGAGACUAGCUCUGAAAGAGAUAGUAAAUCUGACAUGAACAAAGUGAGGCUGGAGACACUCAAUAAACGACCAGCUGGUGUGUUGAAUAGUCUGAAGACAAAUGUAAGGGAUCCCUUGAGACAAUGUAAUUAAAGUGGAUUAUUGCACGUGGUCUUCCUGAGUAUUUUAUGAUCAUUAAUGUUUGUCAAUCCUGUAAGAUGUGGGUGUCCUGUCACUUCAACGUCUCUCCUGUUUGUGCACGUCUGAUUACAGGAAAUUGUAAUCCGGGCACUCCAGUAGCUCAUGGUGUUCAGUAAUUCCUCGCUCCUACAUGUCUCGUGGGCAAUGCACCAACUUCUUCAGGGAGUAAAUAAUGAGCACCACAAGAAGACUUUCAUUUUAUACAUACUUGCAUAUUUUGGAUGGGUAUCAAUAAUUGUUGAAACCCUGCAGGACUUGUAUGAAAUUAGAUUUCACUGCAUACAUUUAUAGAGACUCUCUCUUGUGACAGGAGCAGCAGAAGGCAUGGGCAAUGAACCUCAAUGGCUAUGAUAUGGAAGAAGCAAAGAUUCUGAGGCUUGGUGGGAAGCCGCAGAACGCCCCUGAAGGUUGGUUGGAAUCCAUGUAUAGAGAUGGUCACUGUAUGGUCAGGUGCUCAAAUCCAAGCAAACCAUUAUCUGCUCUCUUCUAGGAUACCAGAAUAACCUCAAAGUACUGUACAGUCAGAAAACAACCCCAGGGUCCUGUAAGAAGACCGGCAGGUACAUCCCUUCCAUGCCGGACAGAGUCCUCGAUGCACCGGACAUCAGGAACGAUUACUGUAAGUCUUUAUGGAUCCAGUCAUGUGUGCAGGUUAAACCUUGGCAAUCUGGGUGUAUUCAUUAUAAAAUUACUUCCAAAUGUAGACACCCAUCCGUUUUCAUGUCAUGCACAUCUCUAAAGUCUAGAGAAAUCUUCUUUCCCUGAAAUCUCGGUGCUGUUAAUUUAGUACUGUUACAGACCGCUGGCACUCUGGCUGAGGUACUCUGUCAAUCGAUUCUCCUAGUGCUUGCCGAGGACUCCAAGCAUUCCACCAGAAGCACUGCAGACCCCACUUCCAGUGAUGCAGCUGCGCCGGGGUUUCGCCCUCCUCCACCCAGGGGAGUAUUGUGAUUUAUAGCAAUCCCCUAAACAUGAGCCAAGGCUUCAAGAAGGGAUCAAGCAGGUCUGUUUAAUGGCAGCAAGCACUCACAAUCUAUACAGUUUUUCAGGCCAGAGGCACACCCCUUGGACCAAUGGUACACAGGCACACAAGGGACAUAAACCAAUCAAAACAAUACAACAUGCAUGUGAUAUCAUUAAAACUUCUAACACAAACUAAUUAUCCACAGGCAGAAAAACAUUUUCCCCAAAGUCCAGAAAACAUCCCAAAACAGAAGAUACCCCCUUAAAUAUUACAUCUCCUGAUCUGAGUGAACAAUGUGGCAAACCUAGCCACUUGGACUAUAACCUGGGACUAUACCUUGAAGGGUUACCUAUAUGUAUGGGGAGAUAUGUGUUUUACUCCAUGUAUUGUAUGCUGACUGUACUGUAUUAGAUUGCCUGUAUUUGCUAUCCGCCGAAUGCAGAUAGCAGUUUGUAUGGGGUUUUCCUUUCGUUUCACGAACAGCACUUUGGAAGGCCGUUCGUGAACUGAAAACACUACCCCUAAUAGCCCACACACUUAGAGGCGUGUGGCGCUGGUUAACCGAUUGCAACAAUGUUGUAAUUGGAGGCUCUCCAGGGUGGCCGUCGUUCGACUACCGACCAUGCAGCGGUCGGCCAUCUUGGAUCCUUUGUUCCCUCAGCGGUGUUAGGUCAUCGCGCGCAUGGUACUAAAAACGGCUACUCGACGGCACGAACACCGCUGAGCCUCCAGGACGUUCGGGAGUUUCAGGCCGUUCGGUAUUUUAUUCCCUGGAAGGCAAUUGGUUCUUUUAAAAUAUAUUUUGUAAUGAAUGUGUUUUUCGUGCGGCGUUCGGUUAUUUUAGCUGGGAUCUGAGCGGUAAUCUCACGAAUGAUGCGCUCAGACCCCAGCUAUCUACCGAACGUCCAUUCGUUUAAAUAGACUGCAUAUUCAUAAAGUUAUGUAUUUUUAUACGAAUUGUAAGUUCUGCUGCACGGAGGGAUAAUCCACUUAACGGUAUACUCCAGUGGGAGGAUCCCUCUCGUGCAGCAGUGCCUGAUGGGAAAAAUGCCUUGUAAUGUAAGUCCCCCAUGUAGUCCCCUCUGGGAGUGCCCCUGGGAAGGGACUCAGGAAACCCCUUGCAUGGGGACUUGUAUAAAUUGUGCAGCCGAAUUAAAGGAUUUCAGUUGACUCUCAGAACUGUGUUUCGUCCGGUUACUGGGAGGUUGGGGAUAUUGCCUUGUUUCAGCGCUUGACUGUGGAUUAUUUCCUGAACCAGCGGAAUUCGUGCAUUUAAUAUUGGCGUUCCGCUACAAACAUAUCCAAAAAUCACCCAGAUCAGAGCAGGGGAAGUCUCUUUUUGACUGUGCACACACACAAUUUCAUGCCCAAAACCGUUCCAGAGAAUUUGGCUGUGCGGUCGGUCUAUUUCCCAUGUUCAGUUCAAAUAGACUAACUGCAACCGUUCGUGCAAACAGUCAAUUUUUAAAGUGCCAUUCAAAUUGUCAAACAGCAUUCAACUCCAGUCAAAUGAGUUGAAGUCUGGAGAAGGUAAAGUUCAGCGGUGUCUGUGCCGUCGCGUGUCCGAUUUGAGUUCCAUGAACUCGACGACCAAACACCGCUGAAUUAAAAUGGCCGCCGCCACAUGUUCGUUUGUGGAAUGGCGGCCAUUUCGACUACUUCGGCUGAAUCUGAAGUGCCACUUUGGACGUGUAAAACUGUUGCAAUACAAUUUAAAUGGGCAGAAAGUAUAUUGAAAUCCAUUAAGCCCAAAAUUGCCUUUUUUUUUUUUAUUUAUUUAUUUUUUUAAAAGGGCAAUACAUCCCAGGGGCCAUAGUCAGAGCAAGAGGUUGGCAAGCAGACCUCUCAAAGUACAAGUGGCGAGGUUACUUUCGCCACAUGUACCUCUUGAUUGCACAUGAAGGAUAGUGCCUCUGUGGCAGUUAUGUGGUUUAAUUGGGUGAGUGUCUUUUCUCCUAGAUCUGAAUCUGAUUGACUGGAGUUCACAGAACGUCCUAGCUGUCGCAUUGCAUGACUCGGUGUAUCUCUGGAACCACACUUCAGGGGAUAUAAUACUGUUAAUGCAAAUGGAACAGCCAGUAGACUACAUCUCCUCUGUCUCCUGGAUCAAGGAAGGAAACUACCUAGCAGUGGGGACCAGCACUGCUGAAGUGCAGGUAGGUGCAGAGUCUGUAAAAUACAUAUUCCCAGGGGCUUGACUCCCAACUUCCAAAUAUAACAUUGUUUGCGGCAUCUGAUUAUUUUCCUUCAAGCUCUGGGACGUUCAGCAACAGAAACGUUUGCGUAAUAUGGUCAGCCAUUCAUCCCGUGUUGGCGCUCUGAGUUGGAACAGUCACAUUCUUUCCAGGUAAGACUCCAUCAAUCUAUAUAUUUGAACAGCAUAGGCCCAGCUUCUGUGCACUAAAUGCAGAGUUUAAACAGUGCUGGUGUACACCUUGCAGAACUGUGGACUCGAGUAAAGAUUGAAUCUCAUGGCAUUGUAUUGCCAACACGUCUAGUAUUAGAACCACCUGACACAACAUUACACUCCAGCUUUAUGUAUCCGUUAUGUUGGUUACUGACUGGUUAGCCACUAUCCUAGUUCCAAAUAACUAUCAACAUUGAAAGGGUUAAUUUGGCAUUAUAAAAGUGGCUGGGGUGGCGGGCCUGGGUUUGUCAGUCUGCUUCUAACUGGCAGUGGCUCCUAGAAACUACAUGCAACAAAACUGCUACACUUGGCUGGAACAGAACAUAUGCUUGGGAUGACUCUUUGGUCCUAGUAACUAUGUAAGCACUUUGUAACUAUGUAUGUCUAUUCCAAAUGGUAUCCCUAUGUACUAUAGAGCUUUGUGUCUGCCACAGCUUUUUAACCAUAGCAGAGCUAGGACUGAAAAGUUACACCCCUCUUCUGAUACUGAAGUGUCUCCUUGUGGGCUGGAAUUCUAGCCUUCCCACUCAGUGUACCAGGGAAUAUCCUGAUUGAGUCAGUAACAGAAUUUUAUUUUUAUUUUUUAUUUUUUUCAGUGGUUCUCGAACAGGACUCAUUCACCAUCACGAUGUGAGAAUAGCACAGCACCAUGUGGUCACGCUGUCGGGACACACACAGGAAGUAUGUGGCCUCAAAUGGUCCCCCGAUGGAAGAUACUUGGCCAGUGGUGGGAAUGACAACUUGGUCAAUGUAUGGCCUAGUAUUCAGGGAGACUCUGCAGAGUAUACUGCAGUACAAACCUUCACUCAACACCAAGGGGCUGUUAAGGUGAGCAUUGCAUCUUGGGUUUUCAUAGUAUAAAGUGUAACAUCAAUAUAUGUGCCAAUUCCUUGUCACUUCUAUUGUGAAAGGAAAAACCAUUCUAAACUUAACAGGUGCCACUAGACACUUAAAAUGUCCUGGGAUCGCUAGUAAUUUGUGCCAACAAAGAUACAAUUUAUCAGACUGGUCCCACUCAUGGGCAACCAGAAUAGAAAUCCGGCCAGCUCCCACUGCAUCAAGUAAUCUCUUGUCAUUUUGGCCUUCUCUGGGGCUUGUUGGUGAAAACUGAUUAACCUAUUAAUCAGGGCCAUCUUUAACGCGGGGCAGCUGCCCUCAAAUGUCUUCCUGCAGCGAAGAAGUCCCACCAGGUGGCCCAUGCACUUAGUGUUAUCCAGUGGGCUUGGUUUUUAGCUGUGGCCCUUUAACAGUGCGACUGUGAUCCCAUGGUUAUUAGCAGGGGGUUGGGAGGAAGUGACAUAUUUGGGAGAAAUACUCGCAACUAAGUUGCAUGGGAGGGGACAGGAGUUGCCACGCAGGAGGACGUGGCGGUAGUGAGGAUGGAGGCUCCUCACUCCAAUCAGCCUCAGGCACCACACUGGACCUCAGGGAAGCCACCCUGUAGGAAAUUGGAGGGUGGAUUUAAAAAUUAAAAUUUUACAUGUAUGUUAGUAUGUCUGCAUCUGAGCACCAACAUUAAAUACAAAUACACACCCGUCCAUACAAACACCUGUGAUAAACACACCCCUACAUUCAAAAACCAACACUACACAUAAAUGCUUGCUUGCAGUCAGACUCUAACACCACAUAUAAACAUACUCCAUACAAAAAAAGCUUUAGUUCAAACAGUGCGAAAGACAACCCUGCAAGCUUGGGAAACUGCUAGGGCCCCAGCAGUGAUUGUUGGUGUUCUACCUUUUUGUCCAACCUGGUGGAAGCCGUGAUUGCAUGCCAGGGAGUGGGUCCAAGCAAAUGCUCGCACAGGGUAUUAAAGAAGGCCCUGCUAUUAAUAUUAGAGUUGCGACAAUGGCAAAACUGCCAAGAUUUGGAGGUUACACUAGUGCAGACUGGACAUGCUGACGCUUUGGUCCUGGAUGCCCUUUUAAUGGGAUAACUGAGACGUGAGCCAAAAAUAAACAAAUGGCCAACUAUUCAGCACUUGUUUGUCCCUUAUGUCACUACAGUACUGUUCUGGAAACACCUGUAUAUGGCUGUUUCAGAUGUUUAAAAGGAUGACUGGUUUUAAGGUCUCUCUGCAUUAUGGAGAAAAUAUUUAAUUCGGGAAUGAAGAGAACCUUGAUCUGUUUUAAUGUCUGCAUCCUAUGUUCAGUGCACAGACUGCCGUUCUAAAAUUACUUGGGUCGAGUUCUGUACAUUGCCUUCAAAAUCUGCCCACUCGCUGAAACACUUCAAGGCUCUUUUUCUACUGUGGGUUGAAAGAAUGCUGACUUGUUUCUGGUCCCUUUACCCUCAGGCAGUGGCAUGGUGCCCAUGGCAGACAAAUGUUUUGGCAACAGGAGGAGGGACAAGUGACAGACACAUUCGUAUCUGGAAUGUUUGCUCUGGAACCUGCUUAAACGCUGUAGAUACUCACUCCCAGGUAAGACCUUCAAGGAAGCACGCGGCUUUCCUCACAUUGCAGCUCACAAGAGACACUGGUGCUUGGACUGACCAGGUUAACUAAUGACUUUCCCUUGUUCUAGGUGUGUUCUGUACUGUGGUCCACAAACUACAAAGAAUUGAUCUCUGGCCAUGGCUUUGCACAGAAUCAACUUGUGAUCUGGAAAUAUCCCACUAUGACCCGAGUCAGCGAGCUUAAAGGUAUGUUCUAGUUCCAUGAUCAGUUUGUGGGAUCUACCAGCAGAGAUUUAGGUGAUGUUGGCUAUAAUGUAGAGUAAUUGCUAGAUCCAGUGCUCAAUCCUUCAAGCAUUGCCCACUGGGGAGAACAGACUAGCAGUUUCCAAUGAUUCGCCUGGUGUAGAAACGUUAUUGGUUAUAAAUGACAUGUCUUGUGCCUGUUUAACGGGAAGGUGGGCUUGUUCACUGGCGUCAUUCUCUAACUUGGUUCCUGCAGGUCACACUUCCCGGGUGCUUAACCUAGCACUCAGUCCUGAUGGCAGCACAGUGGCAUCUGCAGCUGGCGAUGAAACCCUGAGACUGUGGAAAUGUUUUGAAAUGGAUCCUGUCGCCAAGAAAGAAAAGGAAAAGGCACGUACCAGCAAGAGCCUCAUUCACCAGAGUAUCCGAUAGAACGGAGUGAGAUCUAUUCCUCCUUUUAACUCGCCGCAUCAUAUGUAUGUUCUGUAAAUUUCAAAUAAAACUUUGUAUUUUUUUUUUGUAUGGCUGACAUUGUAUUAAACCAACAUGGUGCUUUACAAAGCCCAUUCAAGAACUGUUUUUUUUUGUGUUUUUUUUUUUUUAAAUCUAACAUUUUAACCAAUGUGUUAAAUAUCUGACUUUCUGCGGUUAUCUUGCACGGCUUGGUGAUGCCACUUUACACAGGUUUGUGUGCAGGUAUCACUUGUUUACUGCACUGGAAGACUUUUAUGAUCUCUUGGUACCUGGAAUCUGGGUAUCUACUGAAUCACCUCUUCGUUACUGGUUUAGGCCCCUAACCUUCUCCUGGGUACUGGUGGCAAUCUUGGCACUUAUAUCUGUGAAUAACACUUUCUAAACCAUGCUAAGCAUCAUGGAAAAUUGUAGUUUACAAUAUAUGCAGUGUCAGGAGUAGUAAUCUUUGCUUCUUAGGCUAAUAGUGGCCGGUCUCUCACUUCCACCUGAUCUUGCAGGAUUUUCGUUCUAUGUUGCACACCACGAUUGCACUCUAGAUUCCUGGUCUUUGUACGUUGCACCUUUUUGGUAUAAGCAUUUUCCUCUUUUAAAAUAAGGAAUAUUAAUGUGGGUGAUGGCAUCACUUGGGAGCUGGCGCUAUAACUGCUGCUUGCCACUUGGCAAUUAUGGGCUUGUAUAAAAUGUUUCUAUUUAGUGUAAUGAUGCAAACAUGAAAUAAAGUCAGUCUGACCGUAGUGUUUCACCUGCUUGCAUUGGGUAGUUUGACUCUGUCUUGAUGUGUCACUGUCUGGGGACCCCUGAUGGUGACAUUGCUGUGGCCAGCAGGGAAAGGUGAGAUUAACUUAUCUGAACAUGUGCCUUGCAGGUGCUGCCAUUUUCUUCUGGCCAGUCCUGCUUCUGGUGCUGAACCACCAUGAGUAGAUGUUACUGCUGUACUCUUGCAAAAGUCAUGUGAGACUAAAUAGAUUAGGCUGACCUGGGAGACUGACACAUGUAGAUGGCGGUAGCUAGAGUGUCAAGAAAUAAACUAGCCAUUCAUAAAUACUG